UUAAAUUGCUCUCUAUGGCUCUAUGGGUAUUUUGUGUUGUUGUGAUGGUCAAAUUUUGUGAAAUUUAUUGGAAAUUCAAUAAAAAUUCCAGCUAAGAUGCCCUAAUGCUUAUUCUGAAAGUGAUAAUACGUAGGUCGUUAUCCUGAUUAUCAAUGGGUGCUACAAGCAAACAAAGAACACCAAGCCGUUGCAGAGAAUGGGAGCGAGAGAGGCGCAACAAGUUCAACCAGGCCAUUGCAAAGCUCGGAGAACUGAUCAAAUUGAGUGAUAAAGAGAACCAGUCCGGAUCCAAAGAUGCAGACAGCACACUUUACCCUAAAAUUGAAAUUAUUCAAAGGGCAAUACUAUUUAUACAAGAUUACUCACAAGAAAAGUCCAAACUCAAAGCUGAAAUAUUGGCCCUACAAGUCAAACUUGAUGGAAGUAAGGUUCAAAAUGGAAAGAAAGAUGUUUCAACACAAGUCACCAAGGGAUUCAAAACUAAACCAGAAGUUAUCAAACCCACCAGUGAUCUUGUGGUCAGUAAGGUUAAACCAAGUGCAUUAAAAGAGAAAAAGAAUGGUACUGUAAAUACAUCUGAAGAACCAACUUCAAUUUCGCCAACAUCAGCUCCAGAAACACCCACAGUUCAAAAGCUGGCCAAAAUCCUGCCUAAGUCUGUACCAGCAGAAAAUAAGGGUGCUGAGAAUACAUUUGUGGUGAUGCCUGGUACUCCUUACAUAUUGCCACAGAGGCCACUUCUGUUCCCCACUGCCACUCCUACAUUUGUGCUAUUAAACCCAAAUAUGCCCAAAACUCAAUCUCAGGUUCCUAUUGUUAAUAGAAUUAGUAAUGAAAUCACUAGAACUACUAUGGUAAAUAUAUUACCGAUUGCUGCAUACUCUAGGCCCCUUUCAGCUAAAGGUAAAAAGACUGGUAUGAAACAAAAAUCUGACAUUGCCAAGAAGAAGAUAAAAACUACUAAAAAGGUUGUAGAACAAAAAGGUGACACAUCUCAACCAAACAAAGACACUAUUCCUAUUUCUAAUGAAUCCAACAAAGAUUCCAAUCAAAUUAAUGACAAAAUUAUAUCACCCACUACUGAAACGGUUAAAGUAGCACUUCCAGAGGCUCAGAAAUCUGUUAACAAUGAUAUAAGUGGGACUAGCAAAGAAAAUAAUUCUACAAAAUAUACAGAACUCAAAGAAAAUGUUAAUACAAAACAACAAACUAUUACCAAUACUAAAGACAUGCCAACAAAGGACUGUAGUAAAAUAAAAGAAAUUCAGGAACUUCCAGUAACUAAUAAUGUUUUGAUAAAAAGCACUGAUCUUCCUGUAACCACAGAAAAAUGCAAUAAAAUUAGUAGCGAUAAGGAUGUACCUGUACAAUCAGCAGACAAAAACAAGUUGAGUAACAUACUAGAUACUAGUUUAUGUGAAAAUACGGUAGAUGGAGGCAAUGCGAGGCUUGAACUAGCUGAAGAGUUGUUAGCGGCGUCGCCCACCGCCGCCUUCCUCAUGUCUUUCCCACUCGUGAGUGGCAACCGCGCAGACAGUCCUGCAGAGGAAACCCCAGUAGUGCAACCUGCUAAGGAAACUAAUCAAAGAAGAACUUACCCAGUGCCACAACCAAUCACAAAUGCCACUUACUUCGACAAAGCAAACAGUAAUCCAAGCAAAGAUAAAGAUACUAGCAAACUUCAGACGUCUAGUACCAAGACAGCAGAGCCACACAAGUUUAUAGAAAGCACUACAAGCUCGAAGCAAACUCAAGUGAAGGCAAGUGUGUCGGCGGUGGCGACGUCUGCAGAUAAUCCGUUCCUAAACCUCCCGAUGCCGUCAACCCUUUCUACAAGUUGCUCCCUGGCUGACACCACAUUCGCCUUAGACUUUGACUGCAAUAUUUCCAAGUCCCUACCAAGUCAGUCGACAAGCUAUGGGACCAAUAGUAAUAUAUUCUACAAAGAUCCUUUCAACACGGUCAAAAACACAAUAUAUAGCACCAGCAGCAUAUCUUCUGGACAUGACUUCAACAGUCUUGGUCUGUACCCAUGUGCUAUGGAGAAAUAUUCGUCUAAAACUAAAACUGACUACUCAAAUGUUGAAGAUAAUCUUAUGAAAAUGGGACCUUCUAGGCUCACUUACGACAUUGACUUGGGAUGGUCUCAUAAAGGUUUUGACUUUGUGAAUAGCACCACAAAUUCGACCACAUUUACUAAAGACAAUUUACUGACGACGGUUUCUGCUCCAUAUUCGUCGUCUUAUAAUCCGUUUAACCCAGAGUUUCAUGUGCCCCUGGUGUCGAGUGCGAGCAAUAAAAAGGAGAACACAAGUAACUGCAGUAAACCUACUUCUACUUUCGUGGACAGCAUUGCGAGCUUCUACUCUCAGCCAUCUAACUUCUGGCCGGAAGACGGACCAUUCUACUCAACUAAUAGCAUCAGCUCGGCUAAAACUUUCAACUCGAAACAUCAAAACUACUUACCAAUAGACAACUCUCACAAUACCGUUACGACUAAACUGAGCACAACCAAACAAUAUGAGACAAAAGCGGCUGAAAGUUUUACUGACAACUUGAUGAAAACAUCUCUAGUUGGAAUGGGUCAUCAAGUACCGGAUAACACGAAAUGCACCAAAAAGUCUCCGAGCAAAAUGCACAUAAACUGGAUGACAUCAGAGACAAGACCAAUGCAAAAUGUUGGUAAUACAACUUCGCAAAGUGAUGCGAAAGAGCAGUUGAGGAUAUCGUACGGCCAGACAGACCAUAGCUCCAAGAAACAGGAUCUAAAUGACGGCAAUUACUUUCCGAUCAACAUACAUAAUUACCCGUCUCAUGUCGCCCAAGAAGAGUUCCCAGUGUGGCCCUCCGCCAGGCCUCUCGGGACUACGGAAAUUAGCAUCGACCCGCCUCCUAUUAACUUACCCACUUUGGUUGGUGACCUAGCGCUGGGUCCACACGACAGAAAGAAAAAUGCUGAUUCUACUCACAGGGGGACCAAUCAAACGGACAUACAGAACUGCAGUAAUUUCCUGUCUGUCACACAACUUAUGAACCGGUCCUCCGACAACAUGGCCCGAUGCCCCGCGCCUGUCGAACAAAACUCGAAACUGACCACAAAACCGAAUAUACCACACUAUACGACAGAUAUUAAUCGUAAGAUUCCAACAUCUCGCUUGGACCACACGGUGCAGCCUUACUACUCGUUCAACGACUCGAAAAUGCUUCACACCUACGACACAAUGAACCAAUAUCCGUCCCACACGUCUAAAACAAAGUCGGCAAAGACAACAGACAAAAGCGUAAAAAAUCAGAAGCACAGUUACUCGGCUGAAGCUUUGAUUAGAGGCGGCACGUGCACUCAGAAGGUGCCGGAUAAGUUUGCGAUCCCGGUGCAGAAGUUCACCGAGUGUCCUCAGCAGGACAGUAGUGUGGCGCAGGUAUCGCACUUCCCGCCAAUCCUGGAUUACUCGGACAACUCGUACUCGGGGCAGCAGUUCUCCGGGACAACCCUUUACAACUCCACUACAAACACUAUAUCCAACUCGUUCUACUCCAACUUCAUGACGGGCGGGACCAACCUCAUGUCGAGUAACUACGCUGGCGCGCCCUUCGCCAGCGAGUAUAUAGACUAUAACCAGACGGUCGAGUGCAACUACUCCAACCAUAAGUACGAGGAGUUCAAGAUCAAGGGCAACCCCACAGCGUAUAAUCACGACAAGAGUGCCAAUAACCACAAGGGCACAAGACGGGAAUUCUCGGCCAAGCAUAAAAUGGAGUGCUCCAAAAAGGAUUCUACUAAAAAGUAUCAAAGCAAGAGGCCCAAGUUGUCUACCGAGGUGGAGGACUGGAGUGAGAGUAACCCCUUGUUGUGGCAGAACAAGGCGCCUUCGAAAAGGCACUCUAACUUAAUGGGUGAGGAUCUGUUUCCGAACUACAACCAGAUGGGGCAGUACCAACCAGACAUCUUCAACGCUCACUUGGUGCCUCCCAACAUGCAGUCCGUGGGACACAACGCCGACAGAUCGCUCACUAGUCUGCCGGUCACGUCCCGGGCUAAUUUCAACCUCAGCACCAUAUUUCCAGAGAUCACUAUGAAAGUGCAAUGAUUACCGAGAGUAUCUACAGGACAAGACAUAAAGCAAACUCGAGGAGGACUCGGCAAUAAUAGCUAUUUUAAGGGACCGUGAUAACUAAAUAUAAUAAUGCAUUGCAUAUA